AGUGCUCGUAUGGCAAGCUCUGGAAAGUAAAAGCAAGCAUAACCACGCGGUGAUAAGUUGACAAAACAAGCAGCAUACUGGUUUUGCCCGUUUUGGCAAAAAAAGAGUUCAAACUUUUUCGAAAAUGGCUGCAAAAAUGAAUUUCGCCGUCUACUUACAGCAGUUCCAUGAGAAUGGCUACACGGUGAUACCCAAUUUUGUUGGCGAUGCCGAUAUCGACGCUAUGAAAGCCACCAUUGCCCGAUUGGUAGACCAAAUGGAUCCACACGAAUACAGCCAGCAUGUCUUUCGUCCAGCCGCCAAAGAUGGUAAACACCGGGAUGAUUACUUCAUGAGCAGCGGCGACAAGAUCUGCUACUUCUUCGAACCGGAUGCUGUGGAUGAACACGGUGGUCUUCUCAGAGAAAAACGUUCGGCUCUAAACAAAAUCGGCCAUGCAUUAGGCUGGCUGGAGCCUGCCUUUAAAAAUGUGACCUUUAGCCAGAAAAUGCAAGCCUUAUGCCGUCAACUUGGACUGGUCGAUCCACGUCUCGUGCAGAGCAUGUAUAUUUUCAAGAACCCAGAAAUCGGCCAGGAAGUGUUGCCCCAUCAAGAUUCUACGUUUCUCUACACGGAUCCACCAUCCGGCCUGCUGGGAUUCUGGAUUCCGCUGGAUGAUGCCACAACAGACAACGGUUGUCUGUAUUUUAUUCCAGGAUCUCAACAUGUGCCGCCGACAUCCCGCUUUGUGAGGAAUCCAGAUCCCCAGAGUACCGAACUCACACAGCUGAUUGGAUCGCAGCCGGAUUAUGCUUGGGAUCGCUUCGAAGCAGCCCCGGCACCAAAAGGAUCACUGGUCCUCAUCCAUGGCAACGUCGUCCAUCGCAGCAAAAAGAACACAUCGCAUAGUCAGCGCAAUGUUUACACCUUUCACUUGGUCGACUAUGGCAAAUCGGCCUAUAGUGCUCAAAACUGGUUGCAACCCACGACCGAAUGUCCUUUCCCCAAUCUGUAUAAUGAACGCAUCAUUUAAAAAUGUUGUUAGACGUAUGAAAACUCUUUGAUACUCCUUGAUUAGUUGUACCAUUUAUGAAAGCCCAACCGCAAAAUUCUGCGAGCAACCGUGUCACUAGAUUAGCUACCCCCAUUAUACGAAUAAAAGUAUCUACUGUAUACCAGUUACACCAUUCCCUGUUAACUUUAAUUCCGAGUGAAUGCAUGGC